GGAGGGCUGCGGGGGUCGCGAGGGCUUGGGGUACGGGGCCCGCGGCCUGGCUGUGGGGUUGGGGCUCCCAGACUUCGCGCCCCAGAUUCUCGUCGGCCGGAGCGGGAGGAGCUGCGGGCGGUGAUGAGGGAGGGCGGAGGAACGCGAGAUGGGGGUCGCUGGCCGGCCUUGUCCGGCGGACCCGAGGCCCGUGGCCCCGCCCAGGAGGCCCCGCGGCCCGGCGCGCCAGGUGGGCUGUGCAAGUCGAGGCCUGGGGGAGAGGGAAGCGCCUUCGCGGACCAGGCUUGGAAGGCCCAGGACCCAGGGCCCAGCUCCCACCCGCUUACCAUGCCCGAGCAGGGCGGUUCGCUCCGGGGCCGAGGGUGCUGCGUGGCGGCCCGCCCCUUCUCCGCCUCAGUAUUUCUCUUCCAGGUGGGCGGUCUUGCCGGCCCCGGAAGUCUGAGAAGCAUGAAGCUCCUGUGUUUGGUGGCCGUGGUCGCAAGUCUGCUGGUGCUCCCAGCCCAAGCCAACAAGAGUUCUGAAGAUAUCCGGUGCAAAUGCAUCUGUCCACCAUAUAGAAACAUCAGUGGACACAUUUACAACCAGAAUGUGUCACAGAAGGACUGCAACUGCCUGCACGUGGUGGAGCCCAUGCCGGUGCCCGGCCACGACGUGGAGGCCUACUGCCUGCUGUGCGAGUGCAAGUACGAGGAGCGCAGCACCACCACCAUCAAGGCACAUCCACCACUUGGUGGUAUUCUUGGGACUGAGGGUGAUGGCGUGGCCUGGGGGGCUCUGCAUCAGGUCAUCAUCGUCAUCUACCUGUCGGUGGUGGGCGCCCUCCUGCUCUACAUGGCCUUCCUGAUGCUGGUGGACCCUCUGAUUCGAAAGCCAGACGCCUACACUGAGCGGCUGCACAACGAGGAGGAGAACGAGGACGCGCGCUCUGUGGCGGCCGCCACCUUCUCCGGGCCCCGGGCGAACACAGUCCUGGAGCGCGUGGAGGGAGCGCAGCAGCGGUGGAAGCUGCAGGUGCAGGAACAGCGGAAGACAGUCUUUGAUCGGCACAAGAUGCUCAGCUAGGCAGCAGUGCUGCCGGGCCACGGUCAGGGCAGGGCCAGAGGCCACACGGAGCUGGCCACUCUCCCCACUCAGUGCUGCCCUCCGGGUCUCCCCCUUAAAGCCCGGGGCGUUUUUCCUUCUCCCUCUGUUUUGACAUGUGCUCAGCUGCAUAAUCUAGGAAGAGCGCUGGGCCCGUGGUCUCGGUUUGCCUGCACAGGUGGUCUUCGGGGGGGAGGGCUGGGGGCCUCGGGACUGGAGCGACCCUGUCACCUUGCUCCCUCCUCGCCACCCUCCCGGCUCCAGACCUUGGGAGCUCGGUCAUCAGGAGCUGAGUGUGGGACAGGAAGGCACGGCCGGCUUCCUCCCGGCCCGACUCCUCGGCCCUGGCCCGGCCUCACUCCAGCCCUCGGGACGGCUCUGCUGGGAAGGCUGAUGCCACAGCGCGGCCGUCGUCCUCAGGGCACACCUGGACGCUGUUCCGGCUUCUCUCCCCCUUCCUCUUCUCCCAUCAAUGCAGGCAGAACCAAGGACCCUGCUCGCUCUGCCUCCUGGCCCCCGCUCCCACUUCGGAAGCCAGGCAGUGCCCCCCCCCACCUCCCGCCCCGGUCUGCAAUUGCUGAGCCAUUGGUGGGACCACGGGACCCCGAGGCCGAGCGGUGGCUCUGAGCACCUGGGCUCCUAUCCGCAGAUUGACACGUGCCCCUGAAUUUCAUUGUACCAGUGCAUGGAGAGGAAUGCCAUCCUUCUGUUACCUGUAAACCAAGGAAGCCUGAAAUUGUCUCGUCUCACUUUGUGGAUCUCAAGAGACUUCAAGGACUACGAGUGUUUCACAAGUGGACCCAGAGAGGGGACAGGAGCAUUGUCCUUGAGGGGUCCAGGCAGAGAGGCAGGGCCUGCACAGUCCAGGUGGCUGUGGCGGACGGAGCCCACGGGGGGCCUGGGCGGGGUCGCUGCUCCUUUCAGGCUCCAUUCCCUGCAGGGGGCAGUGGGUGAACCGGCCCUUAGGAACUACCCUGAGUUUAUUUGUGUUUCACCUUUGUGGGAGAGCCCCCUGAAACUCUGAACAGUGUCUGAUGGCAGUAUCUUACAGAUACAGUACGUGGCCCUCACUGAAAAGCCCGUAUGUUUCCCCAAAUGAAAAGCAAGUACUCAGGGGUGGGGGCAGCCAGGGAAAGGGUGCUGCCAGGAGAAGCUUCCAGGGGCCGCCUGGGCUGAGUCACAUCCAUCCGUCUGUCCCGGAAGUGUGGCAGGGGUGCGUCCGGGACCCAGGCAGAAACGGGCUUGGCGGCCCAGCUGGAUCUGAUGGCACUUCUUCCCGCGGGGUUUGUCCAAGUCAACGUGUCGAGAAGGCUCCGUGUGGAGCCCUGAGCCAGGGUCUUGGUGGGGUGGGCAUUUCAGUUUGCAAAGAUGUGCCCAAGCUCAGAGCCAUGUACAGGUACUGAAGGGCACGGGCGGGGUGAUGUAUAGGCGGGGCUCUGGAGGAGCAGAGACUUGGGGUUGGCAUUGGAAGUGAGCGAGGGACACAGUGGAGGGGCGGGGUUGACGGGUCCUGGGCCAGCGUGAGGCUUGCGGCGGGUUAGCGGGAGGCACGUGGGCCGCAGGUGGCCGCGCAGAGGACACGGUGCCGGCUGCGCCUCCGCCCUCGUUUGCCCAGCGUACACUUGGUGCCGGGCAGGCCACCCACUGCUUCAGAGGCCUCGGUGGGCCGCGAGUUCUUCCUCGAUAGGGAUGCUUUCCAGCAGUGGGUAGAUGGGUGUGUCGGCUUAUCAAUCACCAGUCCAGGACUUGGUGUCUCAGAUUGCCAGGUACUCCUCUAAGCCACACUGCCCAGGGGAGACCUCGAGUGCUGUUGCUUCUCUGCGUCUUGGUUGCGUCCUACAGGUGAUCUGACCCGUCGGGUAGUCUUAAGGAUCUGGUCUGUAGCAGGUAGCUGUUGUUAUCUGUAAAUAAGCCCAGUAUGUGAAAAUAAAUUAAUGUAAAAGGUCA